GAAUCAGGAAGUGCAUUGCUAGUAAUUCGAGCGGAAGUAAAACACCUGUGAACAACAGACAGCGAUUUUUAACUGCGACGGAAAAAAACAACAAAGAAGAAAUGAUGUCUCGCUUGUUUUUCAUUUGCCUUUUUGGUGCUGGAUUAGUUCUCGGGCAGGAAGAACAGUGCCUGUUCACCGAGACGAACCAGGGUUUGAGUCCCGACUGCUUGGACGCGGUAUCGAACGACUCCGCUCACCUGGCCGACGUUUCCGACGAGCAGGAGUGCCGACAGGCUUGCUGUAGUAGAGAAGACUGCAAGCUGGCCCUGUUUGAGACUCCAGCCGAUGGCGGGUCACCCAGGUGUGUCCUGGUGAAGUCUCUGGAAGACGCUAAAGAUAUCUGUGUUUUGGAAGCGAGCGACAACACCAAGGCAUUCCUCAGGACGGAGCGAGCCUACAGCGCAACAGAGUAUUGCCGUUUUGAAAAAGAAGUUGGUCGUUGCCGAGCAUCUUUCCGCCGAUUCUACUACGAUGUCACUGACCAAACCUGUAAAAUGUUUGUGUACGGGGGAUGUGGAGGAAACCGCAACAGGUUCGAAACAGAGGAGGAAUGUCAGAAUGCUUGUCGUGGCAUAACAGGUGACGUGCUUACUGCUAGUCCAGCAUCUCUAAAAUCCAGAAAGGCCUUGUCCCAAGACCUCACAGCUAAAACUUCUGAAGAUCCCCUGCCUGAAAUGACGACAGAGGAAUAUGCAAAGAGGUGCCUGGCUGAACCACAGGUAGGGAUGUGCAAGGCCUACAUCCCACGCUACUACUACGCAAGUGGCACGUGCAAACCCUUCAUAUAUGGUGGAUGCGGUGGCAAUGACAACAGCUAUGACUCUGAGGAGGACUGCAUGAAAACCUGCACAGUGAAAAUUGUAGAUUCCAAGAAAACACCGGAUUCUGACAAUGCAGCAUACCAAGAGGCUUGUGUUGUGCCAGCUGACUCUGGGCCAUGCCGCGCCGCUUUCCCGGUGUUCUACUUUGAGCCGAAUUCCCAGUCUUGCCAGGAGUUCAUCUAUGGAGGCUGCAAAGGCAACAAGAACCGUUACAACACCCUGGAGGAAUGCAUGUCCAAUUGCGCUGGGAAAGACGGUGGAUUUGAUCAGCAUGGAGACCACGUGACUCGCUGGACUCCAGCCUUUUUCCUGGUUUCCAUUCUGGCCGUUAUGUCAGUCAUGCUGUUUGCUGGCUUGCUCGUGGUCUCAGUGCGCCGUGUGAAGCAACAGCGCCUCCUGCUACUGGAUGACAAGCAAGAGCUUCUACCAGAGGAGUACAUUCCUGAGGAUGAUUCAUCCCACAAUGAAUCCCACUAAAUCCUUUCUUUUCCCCUCUCUGCUACUGAGCACCAAUAUAUAUAUCUCUACACUCCGAUCCUGUUACACACACCUUGGGUUUGGGGAAGCUUUGAGAAGCCAGGGCAUUAGUACAAUGGUACGAUAUCAGACCCAGUGGUGAUGCGUAGAGCAAAAAUGUCCUGGAUAGGUGAAAUUACACUGACAUACUAGCUUAAUGAUUCUUUAUGUAGCACACAAGUGAGAUGAACAUAGUUCUUUAAAACACUGGAUGUAAGAAUCUUUAAGGGAGAAAAUAUGGUCUUUAGUUGUUUUUUUAGUGAUGGGGAAAAUGAGUUUUAACAUCCUUUUCUCUUUGCUUUAUUUUUUAUAGCAUGAAACAAUCAGCAAAUGCGUGAAUUUACUUUCAUUUGCUCAUUACAAAACAGUUUCUUAGCCUCUCCCUUCAUUGGAAAAUGGAUGGAUUUUUAGAAGGUUCAUUAAUGCAUUCCAUCGUGUGUAUGUGUGUGCGCUAAAAUAUGAAGGGAUUUUCUGUUUUUCCUUUAAUUUAUUCUACCUGCUGAUAGAGCAGUCAUUUUGGGUGGCUACCCCUGUGAUGGCCUUCAUAAAGGGGUGGGUUUUUUUUUUUUAAAAAGAAUAACUCAUUUUUCUUUUAAAUAAAGUGAAACACAUAUACCGUAUUUGAAAAGAAUUAAAAGCCAAUAUUACAGAAUGUGAAAAAAAUGGACAGAAAUUUGAUUCUAUAGAAUACUCCGCUAAUUUCAGAUUUUCUACCAAAAUUAAAAUGGCUACUACAUUAAUGUGUACACAAGUCCUUGGCAGCAAGUGAAAUCUAAUAGUGCGUAACAAAAUGAAUUGGAUUAGUUUAAGAUUUAAAAUGCUUUUAAAAUUAUUUAUCUGACCAGUAUGAAACACAGUUGUGGCUUCUUGGCAUGUACAGUACCAGUCAAAAGUUUGGACACUCCUCCUAAUUCAGUGGUUUUUCUUCCUUAUUAAUUAAAAUAGACUUUGUCUUGAAGUAAUGAUAUCUGUUGUUUCUGUUUACUUAGUUGAGCAGUUCUUGACAUGGAUCACUACGGUUGUGGAAUAGGGCUAUUUACUGUAUUAUUAUUUACUAUUUGAUGAUCUCAACUGUAUUUAAGACAAAUUCCACUAAUUAACUUUUGACAAGGCUGACCUGCUAAUUGAAAAGCAUUCCAGCUGAGAACUUAGUGUCCAGACUUUUGACUGCUAUUGUAUACGUUAUGUUGCUCACAAAAAGUGAGCUGGAGAACUACAGGAAGUGUCAAGCACAUAAAAUAAGAAAUUUGAACUUAAGAUCAAUAUAUAAAUGAUAUAAAGCCUGCUGGUGGCCGACUGGACUGAUAAACAGGUAGUUAUGGAUUAUUCUUGGUAAUUGCUAUAUUAAACUUUGUAUGUAAAUGUUCUAAUGGCAAUAAAACUACUGAUUUAUGUAACAAGAUCUUCACCUCUGUUUUAUGAGUAUUUCAUUAUCUGUUUAGAAAUGGAAACUAGAUAUAUAAUAAACACUUGGAAUUAA